AUGCGGGGAGUUCAAAUAUUUUCAGGGAAUUCCCAUCCCGGCCUCGCAGAUACUAUCUGCGAGCGCCUAGGCACCGUACCUGCCAAAGCUAACUUGGGAAAAUUUGCCAAUGGCGAGACCAGUGUCAACAUCGGUACCUCAGUGCGGAACCAGGAUGUCUACAUUAUCCAGAGUGGCAGUGAGAAAAUUAACGAUAGUGUCAUGGAGCUCCUGAUUAUGAUUUCAGCGUGCAAGGGUGGCUCUGCAAAGUCGAUUACAGCGGUCAUGCCGUAUGCUGCCCGUCCUUGUAUGCUGACUCAAAUGAGAUACUUCCCUUACUCCCGUCAAUCUAAGAAGAAGAGUCAUCGCGGUGCCAUUACAGCCCGCAUGCUCGCCAAUCUCCUCACGAUCGCCGGCGUGGACCAUGUGAUCACCAUGGACCUACACGCAUCCCAGAUGCAAGGGUUCUUCGGAAAGCCGGUCGAUAACCUCUUUGCUGAACCGUUUAUUGCCCGCUGGAUCCGGAUGAAUGUUCCCGGCUGGAAAGACGCCGUCGUCGUUAGCAAAAACGCCGGUGGCACCAAGCGCGUCACCUCGCUGGCCGAUACCCUGAAGCUGAACUUCGGUAUCGUGACGACGGAUCGUCGCCGCCCCAAAGUUCCUGUGAACCAUAUGUCAGACAGCACAGUCUUCUUCGAUGCCGUGGAUGACGACCCACAUGCAUCUAAAGACUCGAACCCCUUCGAGCUGCACUUGCAUAGUUCGAACAGAACCCCUGCAACUCCCCCCAUCCCGGAGGUCCCGGAGCCAGUCACACCUGAGCGCCUGCUGCGCCCGGAGACCCCAUCUGCGGCUCGCCGCCCAUCGGAGCUGGAAGCAGCCAACGAGUAUACGGAUGUGCGGGUACGCGAUGUGAUCACCGGUCGUCUGGUGCAAGGUCAAUUAGUGGAUGAUGACUAUCGCAUUCAAGAAGAGUCGGAGUCUGGUGGUACAACACCGGGAGCUGGAAGCAGCAGCCAUGAUAACUCAGAGCAUAUUCCCGACGCCAUGGCCGGCUCUAUGAUCUCUAACGCCUCGUCGCAACCUCCUGAUCAUGCGCUUGGUGGCUCAUUUGAUGCAGCCGAGUCCGAUGAUGAAGCCAGCGUAUGUGGGGGUCCCUCCGAUGAAAGAACCAUCACGCUGGUGGGUGAGGUGCGCGACAGAUCUGUCUUCAUCGUCGAUGACAUGAUUGACAAGAGUGGAUCCUGGAUUGCGGCUGCAGAGACUGUCGUCAAGCGCGGUGGCGCCAAGAAUGUCUACUGCAUUGCCACCCACGGACUAUUCACAGAGGAAUCUCUGGAACAGAUGGAAGGAUGUCGGUCGAUCGAUCACAUUGUCGUAACCAACACAUUCCCGAUCCCACCGUCAAUGUUGCGACGAUCGAAGAAGUUGAUCGUCAUUGACGUGUCAAGUCUGCUGGCAGAGAGUAUUCGGAGGCACCAUUAUGGUGAAAGGUUUGUUUUUUUCCCCUCUCACCGACUGUGUCGUGUGACCAUCCACUAA